AUGUCUACUUCUAACAUUCUAACUCAUGAUCCUAAUGAUAAAACUUACGACCCUAAUGAUGAAACUUGUGACCCUGAUGAUAAAACUCCCUGGUGUUCUUCUUGCAGAAAAUUCAAAUCAGUUAUUGAAUUUAUGAGACCCAGUGGAAGAAGAAUUAAGAAGUUUGCUACAUGUAAUGAUUGUGCUGAAAAAGACAGAAUAUACAUAUCACCUGAUGGUAGAACAUCUGCUGAUACAAGUGACAGCAAAAGUAGUAAGGAUGACUUGAUUUAUAAUUUAAGUGAUCUCAAAGAGCUUAUAGCAAUCAAAUUUAGAGAAGGUGAAGAAUUAGAUGCUAAUUUUGAGUUUACUGUAAUGGUAGAUAUUGAAAAAGAAACAGUAGAUAAAGAUACUUUGUCUCUAGAAUCUGGCCAAGAUAUGGAAACCAAAAAAUUUCAUACUAUAGCAAAGAUGUUGCUUAUACCUCUUCAAAAAGGAUCCAAUACUAUUAGAAGAUUCGAAAUAUAUAUUCUAAUAUAA